AUUGAGCAAUAUCACAAUUGAAAAAUGUUAUUUUGAGGAAAAAAAUUUGCUUGAGAAAGACAUUUAUUUAUUAAAUAAUGUAAAUAUGUUGAUUUACCAGAAUCUUUUAUACAACAGACAAAUACAAUUAAUGGAUUAACAUUGGUUUGUUUUUUGAAAUACGAGAAAUGAUUUUAUCUGUUGUUGAACAAAGUUCAUUUGAAUAGGGUGUGGGGUGUGGCUGUGGCUUUUUUGAGAAUAAAGCCCAUAACCACAUCCACAUCCUACACCCAUACCCAUACCUUAACAAAGACACGUCCAUUUAUGAUGAAAAUUUUACUGUAGAGAGAGGAAGAGCCGAACUUUCCAACAAUGGAUCGAUCAACAUUGUAUCUUCUUCCUAGCACGAAAUAAUACAAUAGGAAAAUAUCAUUGAUAUUAGUCUUAGAUAUCAGUCUAGAUAAGGAGUUAGAGCUCGAGCUUUUGCCUGCGAUCAGAGCUCAUUAAGUUCUUCUUAUGGUAGACGUUUCAAGGUAAAUAACCCUUAUAUCGAUGGGUUUUGCCUAGCUGCGGGACUUUUGUCCACAACUAUAUAUAUAUAUAUAAGCGUGCUAUUAAAUUUUUUGGUGAAGAAUAUAUAAAUGAAAGUUUAUUAUUAGAAUUUGAUAAAUUUGAAGAACAUCAAAAGGAAUAUAAUCGUUGUCAAAUGAUUUAUAAAUAUGCAUUUGAACAUUUAUCGCAACGUUCAUUUGAAAAUACAUUUAAAGUAUAUACAAUACACGAAAAUAAGAAAUAUAGUGAUCGAACUGAUAUCGAAGAUGUUAUUACACGUAAAAGAAAAUUUCAAUAUGAAGAAGAAUUAAAAGAAAAUUCAAUGGAUUAUGAUACAUAG